AUGGCCGCGCAGGUCGCUAGCGUCGCCACUCUCAACACUAGCCCGCCAUCCGAACUUAAAAAGCCGGAUCGGGACCCACUGGAGGAGUCGGUACCGGGAGAGAAACAACAUGAAAAUAAGGAACCUGGAUCUGACAACGGAUCUCCGGGCCAGAAGGAUCUGCAGGACGGGGCCGAUGCUGGAAAUGUAGGGGGAGGAGGGGAGCCUGACAUGAAGAACGGGAACGGGAAUUCGUCCAGGGUGAAUAAUAAUAACAACCAGAAUGAUACGGGGGGACCGGAGGGGAAUAACCACCCCGGGAUGGGCCAUCACCACCAGGGCUCAUUCCCUCCACCUCCUUACGGUUACAACCAGCACUACAGCCGGGGCCCUUUUCAUCAACAUGGCGGACAACAAAGCCCUGGCAUGGCAGCUGCAGCGGGGCCGGCAGUGCAGCCAGGCAACAUGAUGGACCCAUACCCGCCCAACUCACACGACCACGGCUUCCCCAACCAUUUGAACAACUACAGCCCCUUCCCAAACCGGACUUCUUAUCAGGGCCAAGGAUACGCCAUGAAUUCCCCGCGUAAUAACCAGCCCCCGGCGGCUGGGGGGCAGCCAGUGAAGCAACAGCCAGCAGGCGGAACUACAGCUAUGGCUGCCUCGUACAAUAAUCAGAGGUAUAACAUGGGAAACACACAGCCCACGUCUACCCCGACUUUAAAUCAGCUCCUAACGUCUCCUAGCCCUACAAGGAGCUACCAGAAUUACCCACAAGGAGACUAUAGUAACCAGGAAGGGGCUAGCAAGGGAGCAGCAGAUAUGGCCAGCAGUCAGUAUGGUGGGGGCCAUCCUGGUUGGCAACAAAGGAGCCACCAUCCGCCUCCUAUGAGCCCAGGGAACACGGGACAACCUCUGAACAGAAACCAGGUAAACUUUCUCUCGGUACUAGUGCACUUUGAGCAAGUUACAGCCAGCAGACAGCUCUGUGUGGUAGUGAAGGGUUCCAGUGGACCAGCCAUUGCCUAUGUAGCUAACAGUAUCUAGCUCUCUAAAAUGGCUGCCUCUCUGUUUUCUCCCCACACCACCUCCUAUAAGAGCAUUUAAACAGAAAACAAGCUAUGUCUGUGCUAAAAUACCAAACUCACUGAGCUGGUAAAGAUGGGAAGCUUUUGCCUGGUAAGGGGCAAAGGGGACACGAGUUUGAGGAGAAAUUGGGAGGCUGAAGGCGAAUUUUUUUUUUCUUUGCAAAACUUGUACUGCUUCAGCUUCGUCUGUAUAAAGCGAAAUGAGUUAUUUUUCCAGCUAGCUAUGUCGCUAACGAAUCCCUGCAAAAAUAUAUUUUUGUGCUAUAUCCACUCAUGUAGACCCUAAGUUUGUUGCAAGCUUUCACACCAAUUUUAAAUAGCAAGAUGUCAAUGACACAGAUGACGUUCGAUUAUAUUGGAACAAUUUGUUAUAAGCAAGCAGAGCGGAUUGUAUAUAAAACAAGUACACGUCUGUCGUUGAAAGUGACUGUGGUGGAUGUUUGUAAAUGUAGCAAAUAACUAUCCUUCAGUUGCAAAAAUCUUCCCGCGACUUGUUACGUUGUAUCUUCUGAUCAUUCUUCCGAUUUUUACAUUGUAGCUAACGACAGAGAGACGUUAUAUUUUGCCCCUGUAUUCCGGAGUUGUACCGCAAGUAAAAACGGCCAGUGAUUUGAGUAAGAGCAGAUUACUUUGCUUUGGGAUUUGAAUUAUGGAGGUAAAAUCCUUCUGUCAAAGCCAGGAGACAGUUGGUCUUAGGUUGACAUGCUAGCUGAGAUCUGAUUGGCUCCCCAUCCCCUGCUCCUGGCCAUUUAUAAUUGCAUCUAAUGUAACGCUGCAGAAAUCAUCCACAUCAGCUCAUGCACUCUGGCAGUGUCAAGAUGACAUUACUAAUGUUAUUCACGCACUUUAGCCUGUUUAACGGGUUAUGUUGCAUGAAAUCUAGCCUAAAUGAUAUGCAAACAAAAUAUUGAUUUGUAUUGCGGUCAGCAUGCAGCAGCCUACAUUUAUGUGUGUGUCCAUGCAUGCUAAAUAAAACAACACUGUAAAAUAUACUUUAUGGAUGGGUUCAUUGAACACAUGAUGUUGUGUAAGUCCCUCUAGUAAUUUGCAUGAUGACUGUAUUGUCUGCCACUGAAAUUAUAAUACAUUACAGUUGUAUUUGUUUAGCGUAAAUCUAGGUAAAAUCUCAGCCGUAGACUACAUGCAAAAAUACUGUGUUCAUACUUCUACAUGCAUGUACAGCUCCACAGACAGAUUGGAGAUGUGGCAGAACUCUAGUGCUGACUCUGGAACAUCAGAGGGAGUAGGUGUGGCUGUUUUCCCCAUGCUAGAAUAGUGUUCCUAGCUGAUCUAGGAUCAGCACUAAGAGGUGAGACUGGAGAAUCUGACUGGUGUUCUGUGGUUCUACAGUGUAGAGUUUCAGAAUGUGUUGUGUUCUUUGAGAGAAUCUGACUGGUGCUAUGUGGUUCUACAUUGAGUUUCAGAAUGUGUUGUGUUCUUUGAGAGGUGGCAGCCAAGGUGGCAGCCAAGUUACUAUGACUACUUUCACCUGAUUCUACACAGUGUGUAACCAUGUCAACAGACUACUGGUUUUAGAAUAUUAUCAACCACAUGUAGGCUAGGUGUAGAGUUAACCUCAUAAGUAUUGAAUAGCUAGGCCUACUUGUCAUUUCUAUCCAUUGAAGUUUAGAUGUAAUUUGUUGAUUUCUGUUUCUUGGCAAUUAUGUCAUUUGCACGUGUUAGCCCUAAAUGUUCACAUGAUAUUCAAGGUUAGGUUAUAAUAGAUAUAUUUUUAAGCAUUUUAAACAAGUUGUUAUUGGUUUGCUCAGUGGUUCCCAACCUUUUUUGAUUACUGUACCACCAAUUGAAUUUAGCUCUGCCCGGAGUACCCCUGAAGUACCCCAUUGUGCAUUUUACCAGUAGGCCUAUGUUCUCAUGAGUCUUCUCAAGUACCCCCUGUUGAUAGGCCAAGUACCGUCAGGGGUCCUAGUACCCCUGGUUGGGAACCACUGAAUUAGUUGACUAUGAUUGCAGUCUGUGGACUGUUUUUCCUCUCUGUUUUAUUAUUCUCCCCAAGAGACUUGCAUGAUGCCACUGGGAAUACCUGUCUUAAAGACACUUUCAUUCUUUCUCUCUGGUGUUUGCAGACUCCUGUUAAUUCUCCUAUAUGCUGGCUGUGUAGUGGACAAUUUAAAACCCAGGACUGCAAUUUGUGAUGCAUUCAGCCACAGCUCUGCAUGUGGAGCUGCUGGAGAGUCGAAGAAAUGAAGAAUUAUGCAAUUUCCAGUGGCAAUCUCCUCUUGAGAGCCUUGUGUUAAAUCCUGUUAUGUUGUUAAAAUCCAAUCUGUGAUUGACAUGUAAUGUUAUUCUUGAAUUGUGCUGCUCACAUACUCAUGCUCUAACAGUUGUUACAUCGGACUAUAAAUGCCUUUACCUAUCCUCAGCCUUCUAGAUGCCUUCUCAUUAAUAAGCUGUGCCUGCCUAGGCUACAAUAUCACUAUGCUAGUGACUUUUAAUGCGUUUCAGUUUCUGUAUUUGUACAGAUCUGUGGACAGAGGUCAUCACUGUCUAUUUCCCUACCCUAUGCCCAGGUUGUUAGGGGACUGGUGCUGAGACUGUGGGGCUUGGAGUGGCUGGAGAAAGAGUUUUGCUUGCACUUUUGGGGUCUAGUCCUGAUUACGGCAAACCACUUUGUGACAAAUGUUGCUUUUAAAAGGGCAAAUUGAUUGAUUGAUGGAGAAACAAAUUGCUUGAUGAAGGUCGGUUGGAGGAGCUCACUUCCUUUGAGGCAAAGAUGAGAGAUGUCUAGCCUAAUGUCUGUGGGCUAAUUGGUCCUUUUGGUUGUAAAACCUAGCCUAAAGGUUGACUGUUACAUCCCCAGACAGACAGACCCAGUCCUUUUCUGUGAGAGAACAAGACGCAUCAGGCUGAAAUCAAAUCUGGUUGGUGUCCAAUAAAGUUUGUGUACAUUUAUUUUGUGACAACAAAAACCCUGGAAUAAUUUAAUCUACCAACAUUGACAUAUGGUAGUGGGCCACACAUUCAGCUAGAGAAAGGUUGUGUUCGUGUGUCCGUUUGUGGUAGUGAAGUUUGACAGAGGGACCUUGAUCUGGUGGACCAAAGUCCAGGUGAAGUCUCAGUUUGACUGGCUUUGGCCUCAGUUUCCCUGCACUAGAACUAGCCUGCCCAUACUGACGGUGAUGGCUUUACCAGUUUGUGGAACCUUCUAGGUAAAUAUUGAUAGGAGCAUGUUUACUGAUUUUAAGGUGAAAUGUUGUCAAUCUCUGCAACCAAGAUGUGCUGUUUGGUGGUACUUGAGAGGACCAGAGUUGAGAAACACUGCUGUAGCCAGUGAGGUGGUGGGGACUGUGAGAUGUGCUGUGUAGCCAGUGGACUGGACAGGAGGUGUGCUCUAUUGUAUUGUGGCUGUGCACUCAAGGAUUCUAUCUUCUCUGUAUGUCAGCAGUGCAGAGUAAUGAUUAUCCACACGCCAAACAGCCAGGACAGCACGCUGCCUCGUUUGUGUGUGCGCUGUGUGACGGGCUGAUCCUGUGUGUGAGAGGGGGAGAAAGAGUGUGAGUGAUACCCAGGGGAGGGGGGAUGUUUUUGUGAAUGAUCUUUGGCUGCCUGUGACAGCUGUGUGUGUGUGUGUGUGUGUGUGUGUGUGUGUGUGUGUGUGUGUGUGUGUGUGCUUGACUGACUGUGUGUUCCCGCGUGGCGGAUGCCUCAGGAGGAUCUUCUCUCUGUGACCGGCUCAGUGCUCCACGUGCCACCAGCCAUCCGUCUCUUCUCUUCAGUAACACAGACAGUAGUCUUUUUCCGCCCUGAGACAACAGUCUAGGAGGUGUGACAAACGAAGGACAGUCCCUCUCUCACUCCUCUUUUCCCCCGUCAUUAUUCUCUCAUUCCACACGUUGUGUCCACCACCUUUACCUGCCUUCAUCAACCCACUUUUACCCAUUUUUUAAAUGUUUUAAUUGCUAUGAUUUAUUUAGGACUACACACAAUAAAAAAGGGGCAAACCCAUUCAAAAUUCAGUCGAAUUCCUCUCGUCUCCCCAUGUUUUGGACAAAAUGUCAAACUUGGGCUGUUGCUCUAGUCCAGGUUGGAAUGUAAGGGUAAUUCAUUUCUUUUGACAUUUAGGUGGUUUAUCUUUAAAAUGCACUAGAUUAGCAUAGUAAUAUGCUAGCGUGGCUGCAGACUUAAUUUACGUGACGUAUCAUGUGUGUUUUAUAGAGAAGCAGGUUAACCUUUAAAUGUGUUGCUGUUGAGGGGGGAAUGGCGUUUCAGCUGUUGAUUCUGUGGGGGUAGGUAGAUUUGUUACUGUACCUCACAGCUUUUCAUACACAGCUCUGCUCAGACUAGCUCUCUGUGCUAAAAUGCCAUUGGCUUCAUGAGGGAUGGGAAAGCAGACGUUGCAGAGUCUCCUUGCAAUGUAUUUUGGGGAGGUUUGAGCAAACCAAAAUUAUAUUUCAGAAGUUAAAGUUAAGUGGUACAGUUACUGACUCUCAUUUUGUUCUACUGCUCUGAAACCUGUUAGUAUUGUUUCUCCUUGGGUCUCAGGCUCCACCACCAUGUAGGCCAGGUGUAGGUGUGGCAGGCUGCAGCGUUGAUAUCUCCCGCCAUGCAACCUCUCCACGACCCCAGAAUUUGCAUGCCUCAGGCCUAACUGUUGCUUAGAGAAGUGUGUGUGUGUAUUGCUAACUGUUGUUGCUGGAUGUGCAAAUUCACCAGUCCAACGGUUCUACUCCGCCUCAGAGGCGUGCUUACCCAUAACGGCGACCAACUACCGGUACUUGAGUCAGUUGAGACUAGGGUGAAUGACAUCAGUCAGUCAGGUGUUGUCUGACUGAGUGUUAGUGGGUUAGGUUUGUGACCCAGACAGAUCCUUAAGCACCCUCUGUUCCUCCCUGCCUGCCUGGCUUGGCCCUGCUGGCUUUGUUCAGCUGGGUAUUUCUGGCGCAUAAAUGGUAGUGUAGUGACUGAGUGACACACUUAUUAUUAUCGUAAGGGGUCAUCCAGGCCAGGCCACUGAGGUCAUCAUGGCUUGUGGUUAGGCUGGUAUAAACACCUGAGGACGUCAUGACCUGUGGCUGGGACAUCAUGGGAUUGUCUUAUCUCUUUGGCUGAUGCAUAAAACAGGCCCACUCUACUGGUUAAAAUACAGGCUAGCCUAACAGGCCACGUAGCCUAUUGAUUUUAACCACUAACCCUAACCAUGACAUUACCCUUAAACCAAAAUAGUUCCCUAUUAGCUGCAAAUGUCUUAACUUCUGGCUUGGUGAAAACAGCAUGGCCAAUGAAAUUCAAGCAGAGGCAGGACAUUGAUGGUUGGCCAAUCAAAAAAGCUGAAUUAUUCUAGGGUUGUACCCUAUGGAGUGUUUUAUUUCUCCCUCAGUCCAACCACCAGCACCCCUAGCCUCUCUUCAGGACAGGAAUGGUGACCUGGCUAGAAGAUGGGUCUGGCUUGAGGUUGACAGGUUAAUGUUCUGCGGUGGAGGGUCCUGUUCACUCUCUUAUCUCUGACCUGAUAUAAUGCUGCCUAUAGAAGAAGAAAAAGCCUGAAAAAAUACAAUUUGUUCUGUCCAAUGGGAGAAUACAUUUUGGUCGCUGAAUAGAUAGAAGAAAAUCUGAGGAUUUGAUCUGUGAUAUUGUGUUUGGUGUGUGAAGGCUACAGCUUUGUGUUCUCCUCCCAACCUAGGCCAGACAGUACUUUGCAGAUAAUAUUGGGGAAUUCUUACAUUUGAAGAAGAGUAGCCUAUCUAGUCUAAAAGCAGAGUUCAACAUUCAGGUGAUUUGUCCUGUGGCCCGCCGGGCAGGUGCCAAGUGAAAGCUAGCGGCCCGAAGGAGAAAAUGACUGGGCCCCUCUGGACAAGAUCAGCUCACAGGGAAGGGAAUGAUGCUCAUAAGAGCCUCCUCUUUUAUGUAGGUUUUAGGCUCAAAACUAAAGGCCUGUUAACCUUGUUUCAUCCUGUUAGCUUCCAAUGGGGUUAAAUUGAAGCGUUUUUAAUCCAUGGUGUGUGUGAGCUCCUGUAUUGAAUCCUUUUGUCCUGUAAAUCUUUAGAAUGUUUUCCAACAGCUGGAGGAACAUCUGAGCGUGUGUAAUGCUGUUGUAGUAGUGUAGUGCAUCAGUCUCUCUCUAUCUCUCUCCGCAGACGGAAGGAGAGGAAGCAGGUAAGGUGUUUUUCUCCUUUUAUUCCAGUCUUCUAGCGGUCAGCUUAGAGUCCUAACCAGUGCUGUUGUAAGAGUGGCAGGCCGGACGAUAUGGUGGGAAGGAAGGAAAGAAAGAGUUGCUAAUUUAGAACAUGACAUGGGUUUAACUUGUUUACAUUAGUUUUGUUUACAUUAGCUCUUUAACAGGUAUGGAUGGUUGCAGAGAAACCCGCUCAGACAAAUAACUAUUUGGCCCACCAGACAUAAUAUUUACUUUAAAAACCAACGGGUAAUUGACUGUUAAUAGACCAUUGUUUCUUAGCUGUUGUGUUAGUCUGUGAACAGUGUUUCACCAGCUAUUGCUAUGGGCCUGUGUUAGUCAGGGGAACAGGGAUGAAGACAGACAUACUGGUAUAGAAAGUGUUCUUAUGGGUGUUCUUGCUCCUUCAUACACCCUUGUCGGAAAGCAAAGAGUAGUCUUUUUCCUUAGCAUGUGUGAACACUCACUGGAUUAGGCCUAUUCAGGAGGUUUACUAGUUAUUUCUUUGGGUUGGUUUGAAGUAGCCGUUCUAAAUAGCUUAAUGUCCAUGUUUGACAUACUCAAAACCAACCAGCAAGUCCAUAGGGCCUAAGUGACAGUGACAGCCCAUCUAAGGGAGGCCCUGAGUGCUUGAGCCCCAGUGUGCGUGGGUGGAGGGCUUUACAACAGAACAAUAGUCUGUAGAUCCUAGGCCAUGUGGCGGAUGAAAUUAGCAGGACUUGUUUAUCGUCUGCCCCCAGCCCAUCUGUUUGAGUCCACCGCGACACACACACACACACACACACAGAGAGAGAAAGAGCGCACACAGAGAGAGUGCACCAGUUUCAUCAGUCCCUCCCCAACCCUUCCACCACCCUCCCAGGCUCAGCUGGGAGACAAUAUACCCAGCUCAACCUUUUUUGCCAAGAGUGCUCUGGCUUUCCACUAUGCAGAUUAGCCAUGUGCUAAUUGCAUUUAGUUAUUUAUUUUGGAGGGAAAGAGGGAGGAAAAAAAGGCAGAGGAGGGAGGGAGGAGUUUCCUCCAGUGAUUGAUUAGAUGACUGGACAGAAGGAGAGAGAACAGUGUGGGGUAGAGAGAGAGCGAGGGUGGGAGGGAGUGUCGGGCUUCUUACCUUCUGGUUGGCUCAUAAACCUCUGAAUGUCUUCAGCUGCAAUCUUUUUACUGUCAUUCUCACCGGUCAGCUUAGAACUGAACACAUGUGCACCGCAUGAACUCAGAAUGUAGGCUACACUGAAAAAAAACAUGCCUCUGCAAACUCAUGUGGAAUACACUAUUCUUUUUUUAGGAAUGUAAGCAGAUAGAAAUGGUAGGAUUUAUUUACGAUAUUGUAAGAUUCAUCAUGAUGAAGAAUUUAGAGGUGUUGAAAUACCAACCUUGAUGUGUCUGGUGUAGGGCUGGCCCCAUUUAGUCGACUGGUCGAUUGUUUGGUCGAUAUGCUGUUGGUCGACCGAGAUUUCUUUAGUCGAGCAGUAGCCAAAAAAACAAGUUUUUCCAUGGUGUACAAGUCACCGGUCUGAUUGGCGCCUGUCUGAGUGGACUGAUCCAUUGUGGAGGCCGUGGGGAUGGCACAGUCCAUCACUCUAAGACAGCUACUGAAAUUGUAAAUGGUUAUAUUACAAAGAACAAUGGUGCAACACUAGAAAUAAUAUUAUUUUAUGAAAAAUGCGCUUUCUCCUGCGUUGGAUAGCGGUUGCUGUCCGUGGUUCUAAAACAUCAGUGCGCUGUUGAAUUGGCACCUUUUCCUAGACCAUGUUGCCAUGUGCAUAAUAGCAAAGUUACCCAGCAUAUUGGUACUGAGAACAAUGUGGCGUAGGCAGCAGUGGCGUUAGAUGAGAAAACAGCUAAUGUCUAAGAAAAGAGAGGAAACCCAAACUUAUACUGAACAAAAAUAUAAACGCAACAUGCAACGAUUUUACUGAGUUACAGUUCAUAUAAGGAAAUCAGUCAAUUGAAUUAAAUUCAUUAGGCCCUCAUCUAUGGAUUUCACAUGACUGUUAAAUGUGCUUGGCUUUAUAAAUCAUUAAUAUACAGUGCCUUCCGAAAGUAUUCAAACCCCUUGACUUUUUCCACACUUUGUUACGUUACAGCCUUUAUUUUAAAAUGGAUUAAAAAUAUAUAUAUAUCCUCAGCAAUCUACACACAAUACCCCAUAAUGACAAAACGAAAACAGGCUUUUAGAAAACAUUUCUAAAAUAUAGAAAACAGAUAUACCUUAUUUACAUAAGUAUUCAGACCCUUUGCUAUGAGACUCAAAAUUGAGCUCAGGUGCAUCCUGUUUACAUUGAUCAUCCUUGAGAUGUUUCUACAACUUGAUUGGAGUACAGUUGUGGCAAAUUCAGUUGAUUGGACAUGAUUUGGAAAGGCACACACCUGUCUAUAUACAGUGGGGGGAAAAAAGUAUUUAGUCAGCCACCAAUUGUGCAAGUUCUCCCACUUAAAAAGAUGAGAGAGGCCUGUAAUUUUCAUCAUAAGUACACGUCAACUAUGACAGACAAAAUGAGGAAAAAGAAUCCAGAAAAAAAAUCCAGAAAAUCACAUUGUAGGAUUUUUAAUGAAUUUAUUUGCAAAUUAUGACGGAAAAUAAGUAUUUGGUCAAUAACAAAAGUUUCUCAAUACUUUGUUAUAUACCCUUUGUUGACAAUGACACAGGUCAAACGUUUUCUGUAAGUCUUCACAAGGUUUUCACACACUGUUGCUGGUAUUUUGGCCCAUUCCUCCAUGCAGAACUCCUCUAGAGCAGUGAUGUUUUGGGGCUGUCGCUGGGCAACACAGACUUUCAACUCCCUCCAAAGAUUUUCUAUGGGGUUGAGAUCUGGAGACUGGCUAGGCCACUCCAGGACCUUGAAAUGCUUCUUACGAAGCCACUCCUUCGUUGCCCGGGCGGUGUGUUUGGGAUCAUUGUCAUGCUGAAAGACCCAGCCACGUUUCAUCUUCAAUGCCCUUGCUGAUGGAAGGAGGUUUUCACUCAAAAUCUCACGAUACAUGGCCCCAUUCAUUCUUUCCUUUACACGGAUCAGUCGUCCUGGUCCCUUUGCAGAAAAACAGCCCCAAAGCAUGAUGUUUCCACCCCCAUGCUUCACAGUAUGUAUGGUGUUCUUUGGAUGCAACUCAGCAUUCUUUGUCCUCCAAACACGACGAGUUGAGUUUUUACCAAAAAGUUAUAUUUUGGUUUCAUCUGACCAUAUGACAUUCUCCCAAUCCUCUUCUGGAUCAUCCAAAAUGCACUCUAGCAAACUUCAGACGGGCCUGGACAUGUACUGGCUUAAGCAGGGGGACACGUCUGGCACUGCAUGAUUUGAGUCCCUGGCGGCUUAGUGUGUUACUGAUGGUAGGCUUUGUUACUUUGGUCCCAGCUCUCUGCAGGUCAUUCACUAGGUCCCCCCGUGUGGUUCUGGGAUUUUUGCUCACCGUUCUUGUGAUCAUUUUGACCCCACGGGGUGAGAUCUUGCGUGGAGCCCCAGAUCGAGGGACAUUAUCAGUGGUCUUGUAUGUCUUCCAUUUCCUAAUAAUUGCUCCCACAGUUGAUUUCUUCAAACCAAGCUGCUUACCUAUUGCAGAUUCAGUCUUCCCAGCCUGGUGCAGGUCUACAAUUUUGUUUCUGGUGUCCUUUGACAGCUCUUUGGUCUUGGCCAUAGUGGAGUUUGGAGUGUGACUGUUUGAGGUUGUGGACAGGUGUCUUUUAUUUAUACUGAUAACAAGUUCAAACAGGUGCCAUUAAUACAGGUAAAGAGUGGAGGACAGAGGAGCAUCUUAAAGAAGUUGUUACAGGUCUGUGAGAGCCAGAAAUCUUGCUUGUUUGUAGGUGACCAAAUACUUAUUUUCCACCAUAAUUUGCAAAUAAAUUCAUAAAAAAUCCUACAAUGUGAUUUUCUGGAAUUUUUUUCUCUCAAUUUGUCUGUCAUAGUUGACGUGUACCUAUGAUGAAAAUUACAGGCCUCUCUCAUCUUUUUAAGUGGGAGAACUUGCACAAUUGGUGGCUGACUAAAUACUUUUUUUCCCCACUGUAAGGUCCCACAGUUGACAGUGCAUGUCAGAGCAAAAACCAAGCCAUGAGGUCGAAGGAAUUGUCCGUAGAGCUCCGAAACAGGAUUGUGUCGAGACACAGAUAUUGGGAAGGGUACCAAAAAAUGUCUGCAGCAUUGAAGGUCCCCAAGAACACAGUGGCCUCCAUUCCUAAAUGGAAGAAGUUUGGAACCACCAAGACUCUUCCUAGAGCUGGCCGCCCGGCCAAACUGAGCAAUCGGGGGAGAAGGGCCUUGGUCAGGGAGGUGACCAAGAACCUGAUGGUCACUCUGACAGAGCUCCAGAGUUCCUCUAUGGAGAUGGGAGAACUUUCCAGAAGGACAACCAUCUCUGCAGUACUCCACCAAUAAGGCCUUUAUGGUAUAUUGGCCAGACGGAAGCCACUCCUCAGUAAAAUGCACAUGACAGCCCGCUUGGAGUUUGCCAAGAGGCACCUAAAGACUCUCAGACCUUGAGAAACAAGAUUCUCUGCUCUGAUGAAACCAAGAUUGAACUCUUUGGCCUGAAUGCCUAGCGUGACGUCUGGAGGAAACCUGGCACCAUCCCUACGAUGAAGCGUGGUGGUGGCAGCAUCAUGCUGUGGGAAUGUUUUUCAGUGGCAGGGACUGGGAAAAUAGUCAGGAUGGAGGCAAAGAUGAACGGAGCAAAGUACAGAGAGAUCCUUGAUGAAUACCUGAUCCAGAGUGCUCAGGACCUCAGACUGGGGCGAAGGUUCACCUUCCAACAGGACAACGACCCUAAGCACACAGUCAAGACAACGCAGGAGUGGCUUCGGGACAAGUCUCUGAAUGUCCUUGAGUGGGCCAACCAGAUCCCGUAUUUAACCCGAUCGAACAUCUAUGGAGAGACCUGAAAAUAGCUGUGCAGCAACGCUCCCCAUCUAACCUGACAGAGCUUGAGAGGAUCUGCAGUGAAGAAUGGGAGAAACUCCCCAAAUACAGGUGUGCCAAGCUUGUAGCGUCAUACCCAAGAAGACUUGAGGCUGUAAUCGCUGCCAAAGGUGCUUCAACAAAGCAACCUGUUUUUGCUUUGUCAUUAUGUGUAGAUUGAUAGGGGGGAAAAACAAUCAAUUUUAGAAUAAGGUUGUAACGUAACAACAUGUGGAAAAAGUCAAGGGAUCUGAAUACUUUCCGAAGGCACUGUAUAUCUACAGAAAUAAUAAUAACCCUCCUUUUUCUUGAUCUCCUUAUUGUUAUUAUUACUAUUGUGAUCAUCAUUAUAAUAAGUAAUGUCAUUAUCAUUAGUAGGCUUAGUAUAGCAGCCUUGGAUAACCACCAUCGAGCUGUAGGCCUAAGAGCGCAUCCUGUUUAUUCCUUAACGUAAUUUACUUAGGCCUAUAUUUCAAUAUUUAUGUAGGCUACUAUAUCAAUCAAUCAUUAAUUCGUUAAUUUCAUCACACAGCAUACGAGUCAUUCAUGAUUUGAAAUGCAAUCAAACAUUUUGGUCUCAAUUUAUUCCACACAUCUGACUUCCCCUUUACUUCCUGAGCAACCAGUAAACAUUCCCCCGCACGUGACAGCAUAAUGGAUGCAGAUGACGUGUUACGGUGUUCUGAGUUUGUUAUAACCAAUUUAUUGAUGUAAUUAUGAUAUGCUAUAGAUCAGGACCUAUUGGUGACGUGCAUGUGACGCAAACGUGUCACAUAGCUCAGUUGUCCCCUGUAGCUCAGUUGGUAGAGCAUGGCGCUUGCAACGCCAGGAUUGUGGAUUCGUUUCCCACGGGGGGCCAGUAUGAAAAUGUAUGUACUCACUAACUGUAAGUCGCUCUGGUUAAGAGCGUCUGCUAAAUGACUAAAAUGUACGUAAAGAGAUCAAGGGUUGAGGGAAUAGGGAAUGCUUUUCCUAAACAAAUUCUCUAAAACGACGUUGAAGCCGGCUUAUUGUAGAGAAAUGAACAUUAAAAAAUUAUCUGGUAAAAGCUGUGGUGGACAUUCCUGCAGUCAGCAUGCCAAUUGCUUGCUCCCUCAACUUGACUCUGGCAUUGUGUUGUGUGACAAAACUGCACAUUUUAGUGGCCUUUUAUUGUCCCCAGCACAAGGUGCAUAUGUGUAAUGAUCAUGCUGUUUAAUUAGCUUCUUGGUAUGCCACACCUGUCAGGUGGAUGGAUUAUCUUGACAAAGGAUAAAAUGCUCACUAACAGGGAUAUAACACAUUUUGAGAGAAAUACGUUUUUGUGCAUAUGGAACAAUUUUGGGAUCUUUUAUUUCAGCACAUGAAACAUGGGACUAACACUUUACUUGUUGCGUUUUAUAUUUUUGUUCAGUAUAGUUGAUUUGACUAAAACACAUAGGAUGUGUCUAUACUGUAAAUGGAAAAAUACACGUUUUAAAAUUUAGACCAAUCAAUUGGCCGAAUGAACAGACGACUCUUGGUCGACCAAGAUUUGUUUUUAUUCGGACAGCCCUGGUCUGGUGUAAUUCUGGUCAAAGCAACACUUCAUUCAUAGAAGCACCGUGCCACGGUACUCAGUAUGUGAGGUAAGGAGCAGAAUGCCAUAACAAUCCUUGACCUCUAUCCAGGAGAAUGAAAAGCCAAGUCUCUCGCUCUCUCUCUCAUGCUCCAUCUCUCUCACUCCUCAAGCGGAUCCCAGAGGGACUCGGAGACAGGGCAGUGUGUGUGUGUCAGACAUUUGAACAACUUCAACAAUUAUAAGGAAAGGCUUGGUAGUAAACCGAUCAAUGGAAGAAUAGUAUAGAGGAUGGUCAGUCACCUGACUGUGGUUGGAUGACACCCAUGUGAGGCUAGUAAGCUAAUGACUGCCUCCAUUGUAUUGGUUUUAUAUUUGUUUUUCUUAUGUCUCUGUGUUUGUCAUUGAUCAUAAAAAAGGAAGGCUGGUAAAAAGCUGUUAGAGGCCUUAAAUGGCACCCGAUUCUCUAUAAAGUGCACACAUUUUGACCAGAGCCCUUUGGAAUAUAUAUAAUAAGGAAUUGGGCUCCAGUUAAAAGUAGUGCACUAUAUAGGGAAUAGGGUGCCAUUUGGGACACAGACCUGCUUAGGUACUGUUAGGGGAGGUUAUUUACUGUGUGAACACACAGUGGAUAUAUGUGGUUGCCAUGGAGAUGUCAACACAGGGGUUAGGUAGGUACACGUGGCUGGAGGGAGGGAAGAUGACUGGACAGGAUGGAUCAUCCUAGUUUAGUGGCAGACAGACCCAUCCAAACUACUUGAAGUUUUUCUCUUCAAGUGAUAACCUCACUGUCCUGAAGAUUAACACCGCUAUUGUUAGCUUGGAAAACCAAUUGUAUUUUUCUGUAAUAUAGGCAAGCUAUCAUGGCGGUGAUUCUGUUUUGAACCUAAUUGAAGGAAUAAAAGCAUUUUAAUACAUCAAACUUGAAAGUGGUUGCAAACAGACAGUAUUUAGCUUUUCUAGCCAGAGGAUAGCUAGAAGAUCGUGUGGCUGGAUGCCAUGUACAUCCAUUCAGACUCCGAGACAGACAGGGUUAAAAGUGCAGGAGAGGUCAUAGGAGACUACCUCCCUGUGGUGAGGUCCUUUUAUGACCCUAGGGAGUAUAGUAACACACACACUCUGUCCUUGAACCUGGGGUAGCCCUGAAGAGAGAGUGAGGCCUGCGCUGGGGGUUGCUGGGCUGGCUGGAGGUAAAAUGUGGAGUGGGUGGAAUGUAUUAUCUCCUUAUGCUGACAACCUCUCCCCCUCCCCCUUGCUCCCCCCAUGGGACCGGUUCCCUCCCCCAUACCGCGAGUGUCAUUCAUACGGUGCCAAAACGGCGUUAUUAAAACAGGAAGAGAAGAGCGGAGAGGAGCCGGUGUCUGGCACAGGUUCAAACGCCGUACAGCUGGGACCUGUUACAUUUCAGGCACACUGCCCUCUCCCGCUCUCUGGUCUGGGCUAUAAAUAGAUUGUGCUUGUCUUCCUAUAACCAGGCACUGAGGUUUGGGAGGGAAAAACAAGACAUGGAUGAAUAACCGUGGGAAGCAGUGAGAAGGCGUUUUGUCUGUACCUUUGUGUCUGUGUCUUGCCCUCCUGUCUUUGGGACGAAGAGGCUUGAGGUGCUGCUGCCUGGUACUUCAAAGCAUCCUCUCUGAUUGUACGCUGGUGGUUGCUGCCGGUAGCAAAGGUGAACACUGGCUCAGAUGUAUAAGAAAACAACAGGUGUUGUAGUCAAAUCAAAUUGUAUUUGUCACAUGCUUUGUAGACCUCAGCUGUAGACUAACAGUGAAAUGCUUACUUACAUGUACUUUUCCAACAAUGCAGAGUUAAAGAUAAGAGUGGAGCAAUACCAACUAGCCCUCCUCAGCUCUCAGUAGUAGGGGAAACACUGGUGGCUACUGUGUUUGUUACUGCUGCUACUGUAUUUGGUACUGAGGUUACUGUACGUGUGUGACCGUGUGUGUGUGUGUGAGAAAGGAAGUGUGUGUGUGUGAGACGCUGCCCCAGCCAUGUGCCCCCAGCCAGUCCACCCCAGGUGCAGGCAAGGUCAGGCCUCUCCUCUCCGAUGAUGUCUCUCUCCCCUCCAGCUGAAGGAGUGGGCUCGCCUCCAGCCACCGCAGACAGACAGACGGAUACUUCCUUUUCCUCCAGGUUAUUUUCAUAGGAACCGUAACUUUAUUUUCAUAGGAACCUUAACACUCCCCAACGUCAGAACGUAACUUUAUCUUCCCACUGGCAUUCUGAUCUCCUAGGCAGUCAAAUGCUCCUGGCGAAGGGAUGGAGGGAGUAGACUGGGCUCAUUCAUUCAUGGCCAAGUCUUUCCCUUUUUUUUUGUGGGAAACCAAUCCGUCCAGACUGUUUUGUUAGCAUUCUUUAGCUAUACCCUCAUAGGUUUCGCUUUUCCCACCGGCGGCAUGGCUUAGUUAUGGGACUCCGUAGUGACAUCUCAUACCAUUUUUUCCCCUGCUUAGCUUGUAUACAAUUCCUCACAGGGUCACAUUUUAAUGAGUUGAGUUGGUUCAAAUUAUUUUAUUCAGGAGUACAGCGAUUGCAAUGUUAAAGAUGGAAAUAAAUGUAUGAAUGUCUUUUUAAGUUUGGUUCCUAACAAGCCCUCCCCCUCUCUCUCCAGCCCCCCAGCCCUAUGGACCAUGUAGGGAAGAUGCGAGGCCAGGGGUAUGGUGGAGCCAACCCCUACUCCCAGCAGCAGCAAGGCCAGGGGCAGGGCCCUCCUCCUCCAGGGGCCCAACAGGGUGCCUCCUACCCAGGCCAGGGCUAUGGACCACCGGGGCCUCAGAGGUACCCUAUGGGCAUGCAGGGACGCACCUCCGCCGGCAUGGGUGGCAUGCAAUACGGACAACAGGUUGGUAACGCUCUUCUGUCGAUCCUUCUCGCUCCCGCUCUCUCUUUCUCGCUCAUCACACUUCCAUGCAGUCACAGCUUAAAUGGGUAAUUUCGUUUUGGUACAGACACACACACACACAUAGGCCUGUUGGGUGUUAUAGGCGGCCUGUUGGGUGUUAUAGGCAGCCUGUUGGGUGUUAUAGGCGGCCUGUUGGGUGUUAUAGGCACCCUGUAGAGGAGACAAGUCCUGUCUCAUUGUUACCUGUCUCAGACAACAGCCACUUCAAGUGGAUUUGAUGCAGGUCUUUUCUGCAACUCCUCAUAUUUUCUUUGAAUCGUUGAGAGGGUAAGUGCCCUGCUAGACACCACACGGCUUUUGUUUUCAUUUCUUUCCUCAGCGUACUUGCAGGGCAAGGUCAGCUACUCUUUGGAGUUAGUUGAGAAGAGUACAACGCCAAUUUUCUUUUUAUGUACAGAAAAGCCACAAGACCAUCAACUGAUGUUUUAAAGGGCUAGUAAAGAGAGUAUUUCUAUUUAAUUUGAUUUAAUCUAGCCUAAUGUAGAAAAAUACAGUGGGGAAAAAAGUAUUUAGUCAACCACCAAUUGUGCAAGUUCUCCCACUUAAAAAGAUGAGAGGCCUGUAAUUUUCAUCAUAGGUACACGUCAACUAUGACAGACAAAUUGAGAAGAAAAAAAUCCAGAAAAUCACAUUGUAGGAUUUUUAAUGAAUUUAUUUGCAAAUUAUGGUGGAAAAUAAGUAUUUGGUCACCUACAAACAAGCAAGAUUUCUGGCUCUCACAGACCUGUAACUUCUUCUUUAAGAGGCUCCUCUGUCCUCCACUCGUUACCUGUAUUAAUGGCACCUGUUUGAACUUGUUAUCAGUAUAAAAGACACCUGUCCACAACCUCAAACAGUCACACUCCAAACUCCACUAUGGCCAAGACCAAAGAGCUGUCAAAGGACACCAGAAACAAAAUUGUAGACCUGCACCAGGCUGGGAAGACUGAAUCUGCAAUAGGUAAGCAGCUUGGUUUGAAGAAAUCAACUGUGGGAGCAAUUAUUAGGAAAUGGAAGACAUACAAGACCACUGAUAAUCUCCCUCGAUCUGGGGCUCCACGCAAGAUCUCACCCCGUGGGGUCAAAAUGAUAACAAGGACGGUGAGCAAAAAUCCCAGAACCACACGGGGGGACCUAGUGAAUGUCCUGCAGAGAGCUGGGACCAAAGUAACAAAGCCUACCAUCAGUAACACACUACGCCGCCAGGGACUCAAAUCCUGCAGUGCAGACGUGUCCCCCUGCUUAAGCCAGUACAUGUCCAGGCCCGUCUGAAGUUUGCUAGAGUGCAUUUGGAUGAUCCAGAAGAGGAUUGGGAGAAUGUCAUAUGGUCAGAUGAAACCAAAAUAUAACUUUUUGGUAAAAACUCAACUCAUCGUGUUUGGAGGACAAAGAAUGCUGAGUUGCAUCCAAAGAACACCAUACCUACUGUGAAGCAUGGGGGUGGAAACAUCAUGCUUUGGGGCUGUUUUUCUGCAAAGGGACCAGGACGACUGAUCCGUGUAAAGGAAAGAAUGAAUGGGGCCAUGUAUCGUGAGAUUUUGAGUGAAAACCUCCUUCCAUCAGCAAGGGCAUUGAAGAUGAAACGUGGCUGGGUCUUUCAGCAUGACAAUGAUCCCAAACACACCGCCCGGGCAACGAAGGAGUGGCUUCGUAAGAAGCAUUUCAAGGUCCUGGAGUGGCCUAGCCAGUCUCCAGAUCUCAACCCCAUAGAAAAUCUUUGGAGGGAGUUGAAAGUCUGUGUUGCCCAGCGACAGCCCCAAAACAUCACUGCUCUAGAGGAGAUCUGCAUGGAGGAAUGGGCCAAAAUACCAGCAACAGUGUGUGAAAACCUUGUGAAGACUUACAGAAAACGUUUGACCUGUGUCAUUGCCAACAAAGGGUAUAUAACAAAGUAUUGAGAAACUUUUGUUAUUGACCAAAUACUUAUUUUGCACCAUAAUUUGCAAAUAAAUUCAUUAAAAAUCCUACAAUGUUAUUUUCUGGAUAUUGUUUUCUCAUUUUGUCUGUCAUAGUUGACGUGUACCUAUGAUGAAAAUUACAGGCCUCUCUCAUCUUUUUAAGUGGGAGAACUUGCACAAUUGGUGGCUGACUAAAUACUUUUUUUCCCCACUGUAUAUUACGUUUUAUGUUAACCGCUUUUUGUUAACCGCUUAAUGUGCUUGUUUUUCAUGUAUCUAUUUGUCAUGUUUGUGUAUUUCAUAUUAUAUUGUAUUUUGUAAAUGAUGUGUAUGCAGGGCUUCCUUGUAAAAGAGACCUUGGUCUCAAUAGGACUAAAAUAACCGUGACCUUAUGUAGACCAGAGGUUCAACUUCUUUUUGCUUGGGCACACAUUUUCUUCAUUGGGCUGCAUUAAAUUGGUCCUCGGACCGCAUUUUGGCCCAUGGACUGUGAGUUUGUGACACUCUGAUGUAGAUAGUAAAGCGACUAAAUCUGUGACAACAUUGCGGUUUGUCCUGUUUCUAGAUGGCCGGCUAUGGGCAGCAGGGUCCAGGGGGCUACGGUCAGCAGAGCCAGGGCUACUACGGCCAGCAGCAGGCCCCCUAUCCUCAGCAGCCCCAGACUACCCCUGGAACCCAGGCCCCCUACCCCCAGCAGGUCCACCCCUCCCAGGGCCAGCCCUCAGCCCAACACGGCCAGCCUGGGGCCCCCGGCCCCUACCCCCAGGGCCAAGGGCCUCCGCAGGGGGGUCCACCCCAGGCCCAGCCACCCUACAACCAGGGACCGCCCCAGCAGCAGUCGGGGCCCCAGCAGGGCCAGCCCGGGCCCCAGGGUCAGGGCCCCCAGCCCAGCUACCCUCAGCAGCAAGGACCCCCAGGCCCAGGGCAGGGGCAGCAGCCUCCACAGCAGCAGCCCCCCUCGCAGCAGCAAGGACCCCCCCAGCAGCAGCAAGAUAGGGCAGCCGCUCCACAGGCCCAGCCAACCCCGGGCCAUCAACAACCCCCAGGCCACCAGCCCUCUCCAGGCCACCAACCACCCCCCAGCCAUGGUGGGCAGCAGCCACCCCCAGGCCACCAGCCCUCCCCGGGCCCUCAGGGCCACCAUCCCUCUCCAGGCCACGGUGGACCCCCACAGCAGCAGGGUCAGUCUCAGCAGGGCCAGCCCUCACCCUACUCCCAGACCCCACCGCUGCAGCAGUCGCCCUUCCAGCGGUUUCCACCUCCGCCACAGGUAAAACACCACCUAUCCGCUGAACUAAGGCCUAGGCAUUAGCUUGGUGAGCUAACUCAAGUCUUCAGGUAUACAGGCAGGGUUACUCGUCAGGACGAUUUCUUUUGAUAUGGAAAAAGAAAGUGUAGGUUCCUCAGUCUACACACAUUCGUCUAUUUUUCUUUCCUCCCUCUCUCUUCAGGAGCUCUCCCAGGACUCAUUCAGCUCCCAGUCCAGUGCUCCCCCCUCCAACCAGCCCAUGACUUCCAACAAGAGUGGAGCAGAGGACAGCAUGCAGGGACGGCCUUCUAGCUUACCGGUGAGCCCUUCCAACACAGACUACCUGUCUGUCACUCAACACACACGUGUAUAUAUACAGUACCAGUCAAAAGUUUGGACACAUACUCAUUCAAGGUUUCUUUAUUUUUACUAUUUUCUACAUUGUAGAAUAAUAGUGAAGACAUCAAAACUAUGUAAUAACAUAUGAAUUCAUGUAGUAACCAUAAAAGUGUUAAACAAACAAAUCAAAAUAUAUUUGUGAUUCUUCAAAUAGCAACCCUUUGCCUUGAUGACAGCUUUGCACACUCUCAACCAGCUUCACCUGGAAUGCUUUUUCAACAGUUUUGAAGGAGUUCCCACAUAUGUUGAGCACUUGUUGGCUGCUUUUCUUUCACUCUGCCCUCCGACUCAUCCCAAACCAUCUCAAUUGGGUUGAGGUCGGGGGAUUGUGGAGGCCAGGUCAUCUGAUGCAGCACUCCAUCGCUCUCCUUCUUGGUAAAAUAGCCCUUACACAGCCUGGAGGUGUGUUGGGUCAUUGUCCUGUUGAAAAAUAAAAGAUAGUCCCACUAAGCCCAAACCAGAUGGGAUGGCGUAUUGCUGCAGAAUGCUGUGGUAGCCAUGCUGGUUAUGUGUACCUUGAAUUCUAAAUAAAUCACAGACAGUGUCACCAGCAAAGCACCCCCACACCAUAACACCUCCUCAUCCGUUCACCCACACCGCGACUCACAAAGACACGGCGGUUGGAACCAAAAAUCUCAAAUUUGGACUCCAGACCAAAGGACAAAUUUCCACCGGUCUAAUGUCCAUUGCUCGUGUUUCUUGGCCCAAGCAGGUCUCUUCUUCUUAUUGGUGUCCUUUAGUAGCGGUUUCUUAGCAGCAAUUUGAUCAUGGAGGCAUGAUUCACAAAGUCCCCUCUGAUCAGUUGAUGUUGAGAUGUCUGUGACUUGAACUCUGUGAAGCAUUUAUUUGGGCUGCAAUUUCUGAGGCUGGUAACUCUAAUGAACUUAUCCUCUGCAGCAGAGGUAACUCUGGGUCUUCCAUUCCUGUGGUGGUCCUCAUAAGAGCCAGUUUCAUCAUAGCGCUUGAUGGUUUUUGCGACUUCACUUGAAGAAACUUUCAAAGUUCUUGAAAUGUUCCGUGUUGACUGACCUUCAUGUCUUAAAGUAAUGAUGGACUGUUGUUUCUCUUUGCUUAUUUGAGCUGUUCUUGCCAUAAUAUGGACUUGGUCUUUUACCAAAUAGGGAGAUCUUCUGUAUACCCCUGACCUUGACUGUUCACAUGGUAAUCAGCUGGAACACACACACACGUCACCCACUCUCUCCUGGGUUGACAGCUAUUCUGACGUGAGUGUUCCCUUCACACUCCACAGGGAGUAGGGGUGAAUCAGGUUUCGGAGAGGUGAGGAAAGGGCUGGUUGGUGGAGCUGUGGGAGGAACAAAGGAGUAGAAGGGACAAAAAGUCCACAUUUACUGAACCACAAUUAACCUGUCUAGAGAAGCAGGUGAAAACAUAUUUACCUUUUUUAUUUCACCCCUAUUUAAUUAGCAAGUGCUCAGUUUAUCUAAUCCCAGAUUGGAAAUGAUAAGCUAAAUGAAACAGGUUUUGAACUUUCCCUACUCUCUCUGUGUGAAAGAGCGUAACAGUCCAGGAGUAGUCAGUAUUUGUGGUUGUUUAUAGGUUUAGACAGGGAACAAGGCUGCAGGGAUGGAAAGUGGAAAAAUGAGAUCAUUAAUGAGAGAAUGAAAGUGAGAGAAAGCGGGAGGGAGGGGAGUGAGGAAGUGCAAGCAAAUUACUUAAAUAGUGAGUGAGAGAGCGAGGAGGGAGAUAGAGAUUUGUCAGUGCCAGUGGGGGAUGUCCUCAGGAUGUUUCCCUCUUUUUUAUUUAUUUCUUUAUAAGUGUAUUUAUUUAUUUCCGGGCUCAGCCAUUGGCCAAGGAGGUUAUUUGUUUCCUGGGGAUUCCCCCAUCGGCUGUGUUUGAUUGGCUAUGAGAGCCAUUAAUCUGGCGGAGGUCUGGACCAGCAGAUUCCUCGCUGCCAGCCACCCCCCCCCUCCCCCUACCUUCCCCCGUGGAGUGCACAUGACACAGUGUGCAGAUUUGUCCCGCCAACAUUAGCCAUGCUGCCUUUCAGCCAGACAUGCAGCCACACACACAGACACCCAGCCAGGCAGGCAGACAACACCUCAGCCAGAACAGUACAGAUACACUGGCAGCCUCAACCAGAUCAUAUAGCCAGUGUUGCCUUAACCAAUGCCAACAGCUAGCCCAACCAGAACAGACCACAUUGAUAGUUUUAUCAUUAUGUUAUGUCAAGUAGGUAGCUUUAGGAUAGCUUAGGUCCACUGCCUUUUAAAAUGUGACUUUGAAAAACGUAAUUGUUCACACUGUGGACAUUUCCGUUUGGUUUCACAAUAACAUGAUGGACAUUAUUUAACUUUAGCAAGGCAACACCUCCUCAGCCUCUGUACAUCCACACAGGUCUGUUUGAGCCAGGUGCUGACAACCAGUCUGUUUUGGUCUGCUGCAUAUUCCUGUGGGAAAUCACAAGCCUAACUGACUGACGGUAGUCAAGCCCUGGUAGAAGAACAACAAGAACAACCAGCAUAAGAAAGGGGAAAACUAGGCAGACAGGUAGACUAGCAGCGAGGUUGAAACCAGCUGGACGAGUUGAGCUGGUUCCUCGUUUGUUUUCAGCCAGGUUGCUAACUGAACUGUGCACACACACACACUAUUUCUUACUGUUGAGCUCCACAUACUGUGUUGUUCCCCAUACUGCACUUAUUCUGUUCAGUUCACUUGAAUUCUUUUAAUAACAUUUCCUUUUUCUGUUUGAAAUGCGUCAGCUUAUGCUGUUCCAGUGUAGGCAUGGACGCACACAAACACACACACUCCCCUUUCUGGUGAACACGUUAUUCUUAGUGUUUCCCACUAAUGACCUCUCGGCUAAUCCAAGUUACUCAACUUCAAAUGAACAUCUCUGAUUACACUACAUUACCAAAAGUAUAUGGACACCUGCUUGUCGAACAUCUCAUUCCCAAAUCAUGGACAUUAAAAUGGAGUUGGUCCCUCCUUUGCUGCUAUAACAGCCACCACUCUUCUGGGAAGUCGUUUUACAUUUUUUAACUUCCAAAUAUAACAGCCUAAUUUCAAUAUCAUAAAAAAUAGUUUAAAAAUAAAUGUGUCUACUUGCUUCCGGCUUAGGAAAAGGGUAUGAGCCUUUGCAGCGCUUUGGUGAGGUGGAUCUCUCAUCUGAGUCCCGUGUAGCUCAGUUGGUAGAGCAUGGCGUUUGCAACGCCAGGGUUGUGGGUUCGUUUCCCACGGGGGACCAGUAUGAAGAAAAAAAAAAAUUAUGCACUCACUAACUGUAAGUCGCUCUGGAUAAGAGCGUCUGCUAAAUGACUAAAAUGUAAGGCUUUCCACUAGAUGUUGGAACAUUGCUGCGGCGACUUGCUUUCAUUCAGCCACGAGCAUUAGUGACGUCGGGCAUUGAUGUUGGGCGAUUAGGCCUGGCUCACAGUCGGCGUUCCAAUUUAUCCCAAAUGUGUUCAAUGGGGUGGAGGUCAGGGCUCUGUUCAGGCCAGUCAAGUUCUUCCACACCGAUCUCGACAAACCAUUUCUGUAUGGACCUCGCUUUGUGCACAGGGGCAUUGUCAUGCUGAAACAGGAAAGGACCUUCCCCAAACUGUUGCCACAAAGUUGUAAGCACAUCAUUGUAUGCUGUAGCGUUAAGAUUUCCCUUUACUGGAACUAAGGGGCCUAACCCGAACCAUGAAAAACAGCCCCAGGCCAUUAUUCCUCCUCCACCAAACUAAACAGUUGACACUAUGCAUUCGGGCAGGGAGCGUUCUCCUGGCAUCCGCCAAACCCAGAUUAGUCCGUCGGACUGCCAGAUGGUGAAGCGAGAUUAAUCACUCCAGAGAACGCAUUUUCACUUCUCCAGAGUCCAAUGGCGGCGAGCUUUACACUACUCCAGCCGACACUUGGCAUUGUACAUGGUGAUCUUAGGCUUGUGUGCGGCUGCUCGGCCAUGGAAACCCAUUUCAUGAAGCUCCCGACGAACAGUUCUUGUGCUGACGUUGCUUCCAAAGGCAGUUUGGAACUCGGUAGUGGGUGUUGCAACCGAAGACAGACGAUUUUUACACGCUUCAGCACUCGGCGGACCCGUUCAGUGAGCUUGUGUGGCCUUCGCGGCUGAGCCGUUGUUGCUCCUAGACUUUUCCACUUCACAAUAACAGCACUUACAGUUGACCGGGGCAGCUCUAGCAGGGCAGAAAUCUGACGAACUGACUGGUUGGAAAGGUGGCAUCCUAUGACUGUACCACAUUGAAAGUCAGUGAGCUCUUCAGUAAGGCCAUUCUACUGCCAAUGUUUGUCUAUGGAGAAUGAAUGGCUGUGUGCUCAAUUUUAUAUACCUGUCAGCAACGGGUGUGGCUGAAAUAGCCGAAUCCACUAAUUUGAAGGGGUGUUCACAUACUUUUGUAUAUAAAGUGAAUUUGAUCGGCUGAUUUUCUGAACUGCAUUCCUCAGGGCUAUAGAACUACAGUACCACCAAUGCCCUUAGAUGGUGCUCAUCAACAAAACUGAAAUAUGCAAUUUCACUCUGCAGCUGAGUACCAGCACCUCAAAUGUUCUACUGCUUGAGCUCCUGCACCUCUUAAAAAUAUUAUCUCAAAAGUAUUGUGGAGCUCCUGCACCUAAAUAUAAACCGUACCAGCACACAAAAUGAGUCAAGCAUUGCUUAUAACUACAGUGCUGAUUCUCUGUUUUUGCAUAUUUUCUUUACACUGAAUCUUAUCAGAUCUUCAACCAAAACCAAAUAUUAGGUAAAGGGAAAAUUAGUGAACAAAUAACAAUGUUGAUACGUAUUUCUAAACGCAAGACGACCACGAGGUAAGGUGAGUUGAGGUGGUCUGGGGACUCCUUCUUGGCCUCGGCUUGGCCUCAGGUCGGUGGACUCCAGGCAGGGCUGACCAGGAAGAGACCUUCAGGGGUCAGUACUGUAGGAGCAUGGGUUGAAGUCCCCUGGGUUAUAUGGAUAUUGUAUUCUAAUUUAUAAGGCACAAAGUUAUGACAUAGGAAGCAGUAUUCUCAGAAAUAGGUAAUAUUCUGAUAGUUAUUUGUAGAAUUCUGUUUUAGCCCCAUGAAACCCAGACCUACAUACAACACUGUAGGUGUGUCUGUCUGUCAGUGUGUCUGGGGUGUGUUGGGGAUGUGUAGAGGGGGAGGGUAGUGGUCUCUCUUUGUGUUGUCAGUGUCAGCCAGCCAGGCAGGCCUUUCACUUUCCCUGGAAGUGACACUUCCUCUCCAUGUCAGCCCUCUGUGGGAAUGGGAAAGUCUACCCCCCUCCUCUCUUCCCUCCACCCCUUUCCUUCUUGCCCUCUCUGAAAGUUUAUUUUGUACCCCUCUCCCAACGUGGGUCUAAUCCCACUGACACUCCCACUGGUCUUGGUCUUGUGCCCCCGCUGCUAAGGAUCAUGGUAUGUGACAGCGGCUCUCUCUUCCUCAACCUCUCUCUUUCUCUACCGCUCUCUGUCGGUGUGUGGAGACUGACUGACUGACUGACUGAAAGAGCUCUGUACGAGAAAGAGAGAGAGGGAGAGUGAGAGAGGAAGGUCACAUGUUGGUCACACACUCGCUCUGUUGUUUUUCCGCCCUCCCUCCCUCCCUCCCUCCUUCCACCCAUCCCUUCCUCUUUUACCCUUUUGUUUCAUCUGAAGUAGUUUGAUUCAGAACUUUUACAAUUCAGGGUCUGUAUUGUCCGGCGUGUGUGUUUGUGAGAGAGGAAAGGCCAAUUGGUCUCCACCCUUAAAUUCCUUCACACAGGAAUUCCAGUGGCUUGCAUCACAGUUAAGGCGUCGGCAUGCUUCAGUUCGGCUGGUGUGGCUAGGCGAACCGAACGUGUGCUUGCUUACUCCCUUAAAAUACCUUCACUUGAAGUGUGUUAAUUUUGAGACGCCGUAGUCAAUAUACUCUUCCUCAAAAUAGUCAGAAUUAAUCAAAGAUAAUUAAAGAAAUCGGUCAUUAAUUUUGACAUUUUUGUAGAGAUCAUUGUGCUUGGUGCAGUAUUUAUCAAUGAAAAACAAUUAGUCUCUCGUUGAAUGACAACAGACUUUAUUGAAGAACCCAUACUGUUGACCAAUCACCGACGAAGGGGUGUCGACUUCGGCUACCAACGUCCAAAACGAACAAAAAACACGUUUAAUAUAUGCACGGACUCUUCCGAACUGUUUCGGCGGGGAAGCAUGCGGACGCCUUUAGCAGUCCACCCGCAUCUCCAAAACAGACCCCCAUGACUUAUAGUGUAUGUGCCAAGUACUUACCUCUCCACUCUCCAGCAGUACAGCUUGUUUGUGCGGUACUGCUCUGGAGCAUUCUGCUUAGCUAGGCCGGCUCACUUUUUUUGAUCUCCAACCCUACCCAGCUCCAACCCUUAUUUUGCCUUUCCUUGGAAUGGCCCGUUUUAGAAAUUGGAAUAGUAGGCAAUGGAACCGAUCGCAGCCCUCCUUUUACAUCAUUGCACAUCCAGCAAAUCACCAGCAGAAUGUGAAAAUCCAUUUUCACAUUCCCUCUGUUGGUAAUACUUACGAAUUGGAUCAUAACUGUAAAAGUAACAGAGAUCCCACUCUGGGACUUUUAAUAUGCCCGUAGAGUAUAUUAUGUUCAACAAUAUGUAGAAACAUUUGACAAUUGUUUUAUAUUCAUGUUUAUUUUUCAAUAAAUGUAUAUAAUAAUAAAUACAAAAUAAAUAAAACUACUACUCAUAUUACAUAGCAUGCGGUAAAGCUUCAUAUGACACCAAUGUUUGCUUUGUAGCACCUACAGGUGAAACAUUAUGGAGUCUUAAAGGAGGCCUGGUUAAUGCCAAAAUGUCAUAAAAAUGCUAACUUUAAUUCAUUAUUUCUCAAUUAUGCUUUUAGAUACAAAUGUCAACAAUCCUUCCUCCAAAGGACCAUUCUAUGGAUUAAAUGUUGUGAAAAUGCUGAAAAUCAUGGCCCUUUUUUGUCCUGGUUUCGUGAGGAAUCACUCCUCUCUCUCUCUCUCUCUCUCUCUCUCUCUCUCUCUUGGUCUCUCUGUCUCUCUCUCUCUAUAAAUCAGCUUUCGUAACGCUGCCCGGCUCAGCCUUGUUUUGCGAGCUUCACUCUCUGCUCUGCCUGCCUUUGCAGUAUUCAGUUUCCUGGGCGUGUUUCCUGUUGCUAUUCUGGGGCCAGAGCUUCCUGUGCCCACGUGUCUUAUUCAGAUUCCUGGGCUGACUGUCUCUCUCAGUUUCUCUACUCGUUUUCUUGCUCUCACUCCCCCCCUCCCCUCUCUGCUCCAUCUCAUUCUCCCUCCCCCGUCCGCACAUAUGUGAUUUUUAAUGAAUGUACUUGAGAAAAUUCAAUCUGCUGAGAAAGUGUAUUGUUUGGAUUUGCCUCAGUGAAUUGUUUUGGAGCUGGUAAACCCAGCCUGCUUUUUGCUCUUGUACGCACACGCUCUCUCGCUCUCUCUCUCAUAAGCACGCCCCUCCCCUCUCUCUCCAUUUCUGCUGGGCUGAGCUAGUUUUGCAGCACAAAGGCUGUGGCUGACUGCAGCGCUGUCCUCUCCUCUCUGCUCCCCCUCUUCCUACGUGGUGUUUGCUUGGACGGGGAAUUUAGAUGCACCAAAACAGCUCAUAAAAUGUUUUUAAGUUAUGCUCUUUUAGAUUAAAUCACCUUUGUUUUUCUGCUCUGAGAAACAGUGGUUGUGUCAGUCAGUGAAGGGCUUUGGCAGCGCCCUCUAGUCUACUUUGGAUUGUUGCUGGGUGUCUGUCAUCGGUGGGAGGGGUGUUGCUCUGGAGAAGCGGGCAGAGAGGCAAGCAGGCAGACUCAAAUCAAAUCCAAUUUUAUUUGUCACAUGCACUGAAUAUUCUAGUGAGUGUGCGUAGGGUGAGUGCAAGAUGGUCAGUGCAGAUAGUUCGGGUACCAUUAAUUGACUAUUUAGCAGUCAGGAUAUUUAGCAGUCUUAUGGCUUGGGGGUAGAAGCUGUCUCUGAGCCUGUUGGUCCAAGAGCCGAUGCUCCGGUAUCGUUUGCCGGACGGUAGCACUGAACAGUCUAUGGCUUUGGUGGCUGGAGUCUUUGGCAAUUUUUCGGGCCUUCCUCUGACACCGCCUGAUAUUGAGGUCCUGGAUGGCAGGGAGCUCGGCCCCAGUGAUGUACUGGGCUGUCCGCACCACCCUCUGUAGCCCUUUCGGUCAAGGGCGGUGCAUUUUCCAUACCAAGCGGUGAUGCAGCCAGUCAAGAUGCUCAGCUCCCCAACCCCAGCCCCUAGUAUCAGGCAGACAGGCUGUGGUUCCUCCCUCCCAGCCCCCCAGAUUAGCCCCUAGUAUCAGGCAGGCUAGGCAGACCCUUGUUCCUCCCUUCCAGCCUCUCGAUCCCAGCACCCCUCACCCUGGCCUGGGCAGCUGCCUGCUUCCCCCACACACACUUACCCUAGCCCCAUUAUUCACAGCAAUCAGACCUCCCCCCUCUCUCUGCUAUGUAUUGCACACAGGUUGCUGCAGUGUGUGUGGGACUGUUACCAAUAGAGAACCUCAAUUAGGCAAAUGUUCAGAUGUUGAAUGUUUAUAAACAUAUAUAGUCAGGUAGACCAUUUUUUCAUGACUAAACAUGUGACCUAUCCGUGCUCUAAGCAUAGUCAUCUAGAAAUCGGAAAAGAACAGCUGAGCAAUAUUGAUUUAGUUUAUUGCUAAAUAUCAUUUUUAAUAGCAAUCUGUUAUCUUUUUAUACGAUUUCCCCUUCCCACUUUCCCUCCUCUACCUUUUCCAUUAAUUACAAUCCCCAUAUGGUCUCCUGUAUUAAGUAGCAGGCUAAUAUUGGUCUCGGGGGAGAUGGGACUGGGAAGGGACUAGGUCUGUAGAGGGAACAUACCUUUUAGAAUAGGAGGGGUUCAGAGUGGCUUGGGCUAGAGGAGGUUUGGGGUAUACUGACUAGUAUUUGGCUCUGCUACCUUACCUGCCCUCAGAGCAGAAACUAGUGGGUGGGAUGAUUUUAAUUUAAUUGCAUGCAGAUGUAAUCAAAUAUCCCCUGCUUGAAUAUUUUGAUAUUCUACAAUUGUUUCGGUCGACGCCUCAGUAAUGUUUUGUUGUCGAUUGUAUAGCGUGUGUGUAUGGUUGCCUCUAUGUUGUAUAGAUACCAUUGGUAUAGUGAGUUUCUCUUCCUGUAGCCUUGUGUUUCUGAAACGGUAAUGGCUACUGUGCUGUAUGAGGCUGGGGCCUGCCUCUUCUCUUCUCCUCUUCUCUCUCCCUCUCUUUCUCCACUGUGGGAUAGGAGUGCCCCCUUAUGGUGGAGCUCAGUUUAGCCAACCCAGAGCUGGGGCUGUGGUUCUCUCUCUACACCCACACUGGGAUACCCAGAACACCCUACCCUGGCCCUGUACGCAGGGGACAUCCCUAA